AUGCAGCAAGGUAAUAAUCGCCACGAAGAUUUGCAUAAUGAAUGUACUGAAAGACAAAUAAAAAUAUUGGAAAUUCUGGAUACAUUUGGUAUGAUAAGUACAGCAAUUUCGGAAGGCUUUUGGUUGGUCGCUUCAUCGGAGGAUGCAUCGUUAGCUUUCAAUCGAAUGCAGGAAUUGAGAACUAAAUUGUCGAUGUAUUCAUCAAAAGUACAAGAAAGUAUCGAAGAAACAGAUCGUUUGUGUGCAGAAGGCGCAGAAUUUUUCACACCGGAUCAAUUUCACAGUUUAAAAGAGCAUCGAAAUAAACUUGAAACGAAUUAUAAUGAACUUUUACGGCAUACCGAUGACAUUUUACCAAGGUUAAAUGUUUUAACAAAAUUGUUGCUGGAAUUUUCAAAUGAGUCAAGUCUACUGCAUUCAUUUCUGAAUGAAAAAACCAGAGAAUUGACCAUUAUCAGGGCUGAAAGUGGUGAUCCACAGAUACUUCAGGGGUCACGUCAAAAAGCUAAGGCGGUAUUGGAUGAAGUAAUGAGUGCAAAAGAACGUUUGAAAAAUAUCUGCACGUUAUCUACACGUAUACAAUCCGAAAUUGAUGGUUAUGUGAUCGAAAUGCGUUCACAAUAUCCCAAUGCUCAAUUCCCGUCCAUAGAUGCACAUGAAUUAACGGGUACCAUCUGUAGGUUGCAGGCUGAUUACGAUAUCCUACAUCGAAAUUGUCAUGAGUUAUCAGCAUAUUUGAGUCAAUUAAAAUCACUGUCAAUGGCAUAUUCACAAAAUGCAGAAAGUUUAAACGAGUCAAUUACAAAUUUAGAGCGAAAAAUUUCUGAAACGGAAAGCAUUUUGCGUAGCACAGAUACCAUGGAUGGUAGUUCUCUUAUGUCUCAACUACUAUCUGAACUGGAAACACUGCAGCAUGUAUCAUUCGAACAAACAGGAAAGAUUGAAACAGUUACACGAUCAGCUGUUGAUCUCGGUAAUGCGCUUGCAGGCACCGAUGCUCAUGAACGUAUCUCACGUGAAAAUCAGUGUCAUAUUGACGAACUUAUGCGAAGACAAAUUCGUGCUCAAAAAAGAAUUGAGGAAAACAUUGAUUCUUGGCGGAGUAAGUUGACAAAAGCAAAGGGGAUCCGAGAAGGCAUGAUGAAUAUAAUGAGCUGGUUGGAUGAAGAGAAUAAACGAUACGCGGAGCCUAUUUCAUUACCCCUCUACGUAGAAAAAUUAAUUGAAUUGAGGCAUCAGAAUGAGUUACAACAACGUGAAAUUUCAUCACGUCAAAAGGUUCUUAUCGAACUGCAAGCGGAUGCUAAAAAAAUAGCAGCAGCUAAUCCGGAUUCAAUAGCCAGCAGACAAAUGUUAAAGGAUUGUAACGAUGCACAGGAAAAAUUUACGACUUUAUUUACUAUUUCAAAGGCUCAUGCUAAUAACAUCGCGGAAUUAUCCACAGCUCUAACUGAUUUCAAUAAUAUGGAGACAUCGAUCAACGAGAAAUUAUUAUUAUUGAAUGAGAAAUUGGCCAAUAUCUCACUGACAGAUUUAAAUACAUUAAAUGAAAUCUCCAGUGAAUUGAAACAAUUAGCACAGGGUAAAUGGCAAGAAAUGGCAAAGAAGUGCAGAUGGAUUCUUACCGUACCGAACAUUAUCGGUGACAAUUCUUUGGAAAAGAAUGUUUCUCAUACUGAUAAUACAAUUAGAAAAUUUACCUCACGAGUUGAGGAGCUUAUAAGUCACGGAUGUGAUAUUGAAAAUCUACGUAAAGCAUCCAAUGAAUUGAAAAACAAACUUAUUGCAAAUCUUGAAGACUUGGAAACAAAAGCUCGAGUUUUGGAAAAAUAUUCAUUGAAUCCGGUAGAUUUAGCUAAACAACGUUCAACGUGUCAGCAAUUACAAACAGAAUAUCAGAAUUGUCAGUCUGAAUUUGAAACACUGAGCAAUAUUGUUUCGAAAUUGAUUGAAGCUGAAACCAUCGCUAGUAUGAAGAUGAAAGGAAGUGUUGGACAGUCAGAAGAAGCUCAGGGAAUGUUGCGUGAAAUGCCAUCUAUGCAACAAAGAUACACUUCGUUGGGUUCAUUUCUACGAUUAAAGGAUGAAAAAAUCAAUAUGGAUAGUGAAAAAUUAUCUGAUUGGGAUUUACAACGAGAUAGUCUUGCUCGUUGGAUUAAUAAUGAAAAUAAACGAUUGAACACAGACUAUCCUGUAUCAUUUGUUAACGAAAUUAUUCGAACAAAUAUUGCAAAAAUAAAACGGCUAGAAGAAGUUAUUGUCAAAGAAAAACAAUUGGAAAUGGAAGAAAUUCGAAGAGUAACAAAUCUUGAUAAGUGGUUGACGCAAAAAGAACGGAUGAUAUCAGCCAUUGGAACAGUUAAUGUUGAUCCUAAAGUUAUAGGCAAUCAGCUUGUACAAAUUGAGUUACUUCGAAGUGAACUUGAAGAUCAGAGUGAAGCGCGAAAUAAAAUAAAUGAAUUAGCACAUAAUUUGAUUGGCAAAAGUGCAACUCCAGCAAGUGCACAACAGAUUGUUACGGAGAUGGAUACGUUAAAUCGCCGAUGGAUUUCAUUUCAUGAUGAAUUAGAAAAGAAGAAAGUAACUCUUCAGAAAAUUAAAGAACUUGGAUCGAAUUUUGCUAAUAAGCAACGAGAUGUGAAAAUGCAGUUGAUUGGUGUUGCGGAAGCAGUUGAACAAAUAAAUCGUUCACCACCAAUGUCUAAAAAUGAUGUUGAUGAGCAAUUAAAAAUUCUGAAUGGAUCAGGUACACGAUUAUCUGAGACACAUUCACAAUUAGAGAAUUUGAAAGAGCUUGUAAAUUUAAUCUGCGAAAUCACACAAGAUCAUAGCUUGCAAACGGAUAUACGCGAACAAUUAAAUACAACGAUACAAACUGCUCAAGAAUUAAAUAAAAAAAUUGAAAGCAUGAAAAUAGCAGCAACAAAUGCAAAGGAUGAAGAGGGUCAAACAGUUAUGGAAGCUGAAGAAGCAAUUAAAUGGAUGGAAGAUAUGCAGGAACAACUUUCUGAUUUGGGUCCUUUAUCAGUAAUUUCCACAGAACUCGAUGAACAGCGAGCAAUAAUUAAGAAAAUUUACGAUGCUGUGUUAGAUAAGGAGGGCGACAUCAUCUUAUUGAGAGCGAAACUGAUGGAUCAGAUGAAAAAAGCACCAAAUUCGAGGCAGAAGGAAAUUUUGGAUAAUCUUUCUACUGUUUGGAAUCCAUUGCUAGAAGAAACUAAAACAAAGCAUGCAAGUGCUGAGAAAACUUUUGAUCUUGUAAAUCAAUUGGAAACUUUAUUGAAAUCUUUAAUAAUGCAGGUCGACGAAAAUCGAUUAAAAUUAAAUGAAAUCUCGGAAAACAAGGAUAAUGACAUAACUGAGUUAGCUGUUAUGAAGCAAGAAGUUGGCAAACAUGAACUUGAACUUACCAUAUUAGAAAGUCUACUACAUAAAUUGGAAGUAAUCACAAGUGGACCGUCACUGAGAAAACUUGAAAGAGAAGUGGAAAAUGCAACUGGAGAUUUGAAAGCGUUGCUGAAAGAUAUUAAAAAUAUUUGGCAAAAAGCGCAAACAUCGAAGGUUAUCCAGAAACAAUUUUCAAGAAAAAAAGAGGAAGCGCAAAAUCUAUUAGAUUCAGCUAAAGAAACAGCUGAAAGUUUGAAAAGGAAUGAUGGCAUGUCGUCAGUUACAAAGGAAGUUUUGUUAAAAACCGUUGAUGACAUUGAAAAUAACUGGCACAAGAAAAAACGAGAGUUACAUGCGGCAUUGAAAGAUAUGGAAGGAGUUGUUACGCAUGAGGAAACUGAAAAAUUACACGAGGAAAUACGUAAAAUGGGUGAUGAAUACACGCAAGUGAUAACGAUUAUCCAAAAUUUACAUUGUGAAAUGAAAAAGAGAGAUGAAAUAUCAGAUGCGAUAAGACAAAAUAUCAGCUUACUAAGUGCUGAAAUUCGAAAUGUUAAUGAAGAUUCAUCAUCACCGAUUGAACGCAAUAUUGCAGAAUUGGAACAACAGAAUAGGGUUUGUGAUGAAUUAUUGAGAAAUAUUGCAGAGAAAGGAAAGAUUUUGGAUGAGUUAACAUCGGAAUGGCAACGAGUUUGUAGCGCAGUUGUCACGCAAACGACGCAGAAAAAUGCAGUAGUACAACAAAUAAAUGAAAUUAGAGAAGAUCUAAGCAAACAGCGUGCUGCUAUCACACAGCGCAAACGUGUUAUUGGAAAUACUAUUUUGGCUGUACAGGAAUUUGUUUGCAAAGCGGAAGCAUUAAGAGAUGAAUUUGAAAAGCUUGCAACUGAUGAUAUGUUAAAAGAACCUAUUCAAACUGAAUUAAAUGUUCUACGAACACAACAGGAGAAAUUGAGAAUCUUUCAUGAAAAACUGCGGCCUGUUAAUCAAAAUUAUGCAACAGUUCUGGAAAAUUGUGAUAAGCUUAUAAAAAGUGCCGAUGAAGGAGUAUCUACAACAACACUGGAAGAGGAGAAGAAUAAACUUACCGGUGUUUGGAAUGCUUUGAAUAAGCAAAUAGCUGAUCGUGAACAACAAGUUUGUGCAUCUUUGCAAGAACUUGGAAGUUACACUGAUGCGCAUAAUGCGCUUCUUGUAUGGCUACAAGAUACCGAAGAAUCACUUCAAAACCAGCGGCCGCCAUCUAUCGAAUAUAAAGUCGUUAAAGAGCAAACACGAGCUAAUGAUAUUUUAUUAAAACAUAUUGAAGAAAAACAAGAAAGUGUCGAUGGUUUCAAAGCACUGAUCGAUAAAGUUGUAGAACUUAUAACAGAUGUUACAAAACGUGAAACGUUGAAAGAGCAAGCAGGCAAUAUUACACAAAGAUAUGUUGCACUAGUCGAAAACGCUCAAGAUCGACGUAGAUAUUUACAUGAUGCGAUUGUUCUAACCAAAGAUUGGGCGCAGUUGUCGGGACCAUUCAAAACAUGGCUUGAAACAAAUGAGCGUAUAUUACAAGAACUUGGACAAGUACCAACCGAUGAAGAAAAAUUUCAGCAACAAAUUAACUUACAUCAGAAAUUGCAAGAAAAUAUCGAAAUGAAACAUAUGGAUGUGGAGAAAAUGAUGCAGCUAUGUCCCCUUCUUGCUAGUUUAGCAUCUGACGAAGAAGCUGCCGAAUUGGAGACAACCUUCAAAACUUAUAUGAUACGGUAUGAAAAUUUGGGUACGCGAACUGCUGAAUGUGGAGUUUUACUACAGCAGAUUGGUGAAGAAAUAGCAAACUUUUUGAAACGUACAAAUAUACUAACGGAAUGGUUAGAUAAGAUUGAGAAUGAUAUGAACAAAUUAGACGCAGUUUCGAUCUAUCCGGAAGAACUGAGCGAGCAAAGUGCCUUACUUGCCGAUCUAGCAGUGGAAAUAACAAAACAGGAAGCUCUAGUUUCAAUGGUCGUUGAAGACGGUCAUGAAUUAUGUAAACAAACAACUGGUGAUGAAGCAAUUGCUCUUCAAAGUCGUAUUGAAGCAUUACGUACACGUUAUCUUAAUUUGACUGCUGUAACGGAUGCAAAAAUUGCUAUUUUAAGUGAAGCUUUACCAUUAUCAGAGAAAUUUCACGAUGGCUAUGAUAUUAUACAGCAAUGGAUGGAUGCUGUAGAACAAGAUUUACAAAUCGUUGGUCAGAAUCCACUUGAAACUCAAGCAACAAUAUUAGCGCAAAUGGAAGAUGAUUUGACGAAAUUACGAUUUGAUGUUGAGGAAAUUAGCGAUAUUUCAAAACAGCUUCAGAAUCUCGUUCGUUUCAAAGCAGAUGAGCUAGAAAUACAGGCCGAUGACAUGACACGGAGAUUUAAUCACCUUGCUGAGCAGAUUACGCGUAAAGGCGAUAAACUAACAUCAGUUGAGAAACAAAGUCGACAAGUUUUAGAUGAGUUAGAUUAUCUUAAUGAAUGGUUUGCUGAUGCUCAUGAACGUUUAAUGCAGAGUGCAGCACCAGAAGUAGAUCCAGACUAUGUUAAAAAACAGCUUAAAAACCAAAAACAAAUGAACGAAGAUAUUGCGGUAAUGAAAGCACGACUGCGAGAUGCAAUUGCAGAUGCACAUAAAGUUGUCCGUGCUUUGGGUGGUGAAGCCAAUGGUCAAGAUUUAUUGCUCAGAAAUAAAAUUGAGACUGGACGAACUCUUUCGGCUGAUGUAACCCAGUUGGGUGAUGAAAGAUUAGCUAAAUUGGAGCAAGCGUUAGCAUUAUGUCUUGAAAUUGAUCAAUCAUUUGGUGAAUUGCAUUCCUGGUUAGAAAGUAUGGAAAGUGAGAUUGAAAAUUGUCCGCCCGUUACAACAGGACAUCAACGAGAUCAGUUAAUGCAACAACAAGUUCACAAUACUAAGCUACAACAUUCGAUCAUAUCACAUAAACCAUUAAUGGAUCGUUUUCACAAAAAUGUCAGUGCUUUAAGUGAAUUAUGUGGUGCAGACGAUGAAAUACAACUUCAAAAAAUAGCUGAAGGCUUGGAUGAGCGAUUCUUUGCUGCUCGAGAUGCUGUUCGUCAGCGAGCCGAGGCACUUGAAACUGCAAUUGAGCAAAGCAGUAAGUUCACAGACAGGUUGGAUGUUGUCCUGGCAAAUCUGGAUGGUGCUGCUAUGCAGAUUCGAAAUCCAGAACCAAUACUGGCUGAUCCAGAACGUAUCAAAUUGCAAAUUAUGGAUAAUCGCUCCUUAAUGGAACAGCUUAAACAUAAAGAUGGUAUAUUGAGAUCGGUGAAGGAGAAUGCCGAAGAGAUUUUGGUACAUGCAAAUUCAAAUGAUAGUGGAGCUGCAGAAAUCAGUAUUAAAAUAAAAGAACUUGAUGCAUUAUGGGAUGAACUAAUGAAAGGUGUUACGACAAGAGGAAAUAUCUUGGAAGACACGCUAGUUAAAGCAGAACGAUUUUGCUAUGAAUUGAAGUCUUAUCAGAAAGCAAUUAACGAAUUGCGUUUGCGCAUCGAAGGAAUACAACUUGCGUUUGGAGAGCCGACUGUUAUUGAGCAGCAGCGAAAUAUCCUUCUAGCAAUUAAAAAUGAAAUGCGAGAAAUCAAACCAGAAAUUAUGGAUAAAUUACGUAGCACUGGGCGCGACCUUUGUGAAGUAGUUGCUGAAGAAGAAAAAGCUCAUGUAGAACAGCAAAUGAAUGAAGUUGAAGGAGAUUGGAUUAGGGUAACUGGUAUGUACGAUCGGAAGGAAUCAGAUUUGAUUGAUGCUAUGGAAAAAGCAAGGCAAUUCCAUGAUUUAUUAACAGAACUAAUAAAUUGGGUAGGAGAAAGAGAAAGUGAAGUAUUCAAAUUAGAUCCUAGUACCGUCGCAUCAUCCAAUGAUAUUAGAAAUGAGCUUGCCGCUCUGGGUGAUUUACGCUCAUUAUUGGAUGAGAAAGCUUUGGAGAAGGAACAGUUGAAUCAGCUAUGUGCAAGCCUUUGCGUUGGUAGUACUGCACAACAAUCUGCAAACAUUAGAGCACCGAUCAAUGACCUGAAUAUUCGCUGGAAUAGACUAUAUGCAUUGUUAAACGAACGUCAACAAAAAAUGGAAAAAGCAUUGUUGGAAAUGGGACAAUUUUCGCAAGCAUAUGAACAGUUAAUGAUUUGGAUCGAAAAAACGCAACAUGUUUUGAAUGAAAUCAAUUCUCGACCAAACAGUAUUAGAGAAGCAGAAGUGGAAGUUUGCAAACAUAGAGUAAUACAGAAUGAAAUUCUGGUACAUGAAGCAAGCGUGGAUACUUUGAACAGUGCUGCUAAGCGUAUAAUUGCUGCUGAUCCAAGUGCUGCAAGCUCAACACAACCAAUGAUCGAUAAGUUAAAUUCAAACUGGCACAUCUUUCGGAAUUUAGCACUGCAAAAACAACACUUAGAAUUACAGUUGGAUGAUGCCCGGAAAGCUGCGGAAAAUCUGGACAGUGAAGUGGAUCGUUGGGCAAUGUGGCUUCAGGAUAAAGAUGCGGAUUUAUCUCAUAUGAAACCAACAGGUGGUUUACCGGAAACUGCACAAGCACAACUUGAUGAUUUCUUCGUUUUAAAGGCUGAAAUUGAACAGAAUCGACCUGCACUAGAAGCGCAUCUGGAAACAGCAACAAAGUAUCUAUCGGAUAGUGAUCGAGAUUCGUGGAUUGCGCAACGGGGUGCGCAGUUGACGAAAAAGUGGAUUCAGAUACAAGACAAGAUUGGUGAUAGAGAGCAGAAGUUGAGAAUGGCAUUGGUAGAGGCCGAACAGCUUCAUUCUUCCAUGACAUCAAUGAAUGAUUGGUUAAAUUCAGCAGAAAGCUAUUUAGGUUGUUUGGAACAUGUGUCAAGAAUACCUGAUAUUGUAGAAAAGCAGAUGAAUGAACAUACCAAAUUCCAAGCUGAGGUAUCACACUAUCGAGAAUUAAUGAGUGACUUGAACAGCAAAGGCACUAAAUUACAGUAUUAUUGUGAAAAAAAGGAUGCGAUACCAAUUAAGAAUUUGCUUGUUUCGGCUAAACAUCGUUUUGAUAAAAUUUCUUCGAGAUGUGCUGACCGAAUGAAGCAACUGGAUCUCGCAUUACAAGAAGCACGAGUUUACUUUGAAUCGUAUACCGAGAUAAUCGAUUGGAUAACUUCAAGGCUUAAAUGGAUUGAUGAUCAAUAUGCUCAGACAGCAUCCGGUGAUCGAUUACGAAUCGAUUUAGAAAAACAUCGGAAAUUCCAGCAUGAACUGACCGAACGACAAGGAGUUUAUGAAGGAACAUAUAAACGAGGCAAGGCACUCUCGGAGCAUGCACCACGGGAAGAGCAAGCAGGAAUCGAUCAGAUGAAUGAACUGUUGAAGGAGAGAUGGACCCAGCUAAUUAAUGCGACGUUGCAAAAACAGAGAGCAAUCGAGGAUGCAUUGUUGGCAUGUGGACAGUUUGAUGAGGCUUUAUCAUCACUCCGAGAAUGGCUCGCAAAAUCUUUGCCUGGUUUGCAGAAUAUGGAAGCUAUUCCUGUAUAUGGUGAUUUGGAAACUGUUAGCAAAUUACGCGAUAAGCAUAAAGAAUUAAAGGAACAAAUAGAUACUCAUCGAGAUACAUUAAACUCGGUGAAGGAACGUGCGCAACAGAUGUUGGAGAAAGAAACGGAUGAUUUGUUGGAUGGCCUGAAAGAGAAGGUAGAAAAGGUAAAUGAGGAUUGGGUUCUUCUAGAGGAAUUGGCAAAGAAAAGAGAGGAGCAGCUGGAAAUUUCUUACGACAUUGCCAAGAAUUUCAGUGAUGAAAUUCAUGAAUUUCUAGAUUUUUUGCCAAAGAUUGAAGCAAGAUUAAGAACUAAGAGUCAAACAGCUGAAGGUGAAAGUGAAAUUUUGGAACAAAUGGACGAAGUGGCACAGCUGAAUAAAGAAAUGGAUGAUAAAAAGCCAUUAAUGGAGUCCAUCAAGAAAACUGGGGAGGAUAUACAAUCCAAGUGUCAUCCCUCUGCAGAACAACCAAUGAAGUAUUGGUUGAAAGUGUUACAAAAUCGAUGGUAUGAAGUAACGAGUGCUGUCGACAAAAAGAGGGAUGAUUUGGAGAUGCAACUCAAUGAACUUCAUGCGAGAGAGAAAAUGACCACUGAUUUGUUGAAAUAUAUUGAAGAAAGAAGUGCUGAACUAAAGAUAUUAAAUGAGACAUCGUUGCCGCAGGAAAUGGAUGCUCUUGACAGACUUAUUGUGGAUCAUGAACAAUUCGAGAAAACUUUACGGGAAAAACAAGGACUAGUUGAUGAGGCAACAAGAAAUCGACGAAAGCUUGAUGUAGAGGAGAAAGUGAAAAAGAAAGGUGGCAAAGCACUUCAAAGGCAUGAACAUCGUGUACGACAUCCGAAAUCCGAGCAGCUCUCUAGCCGAUGGAAAAAAUUAUGGAUAGAUUCAAUGGAUUAUGGCCGCCAGUUACGUGAAAUGAAAGAUUAUUUGGAGGAGGUAAAAAGAUUGGAAUCGUUUUCGUUCGAGGAAUGGCGUGAACGGUAUUUGGAAUGGACUGAUUCUGGAAAAGCUCGAAUUUCUGAUCUGUUUAGAAGAAUAGAUAAAAGUGGAACUGGACGAGUGCCACGAGCUGCUUUUAUUGAUGGUAUCAUAGCUUCCAAAUUCCCUACCACUCGAUUAGAAAUGGAGAAAGUUGCGGAUGAGUUUGACAAAGGUGAUGGAAUGAUUGAUUCAAAAGAAUUUAUGGCGAAACUUCGUUCCGAGUUUUCAAAAAAAUUACCGAUGAAGCAAAAAACGGAUAGUGAAAAGAUCACAGAAGAGGUCGUAAGGCAGACGGAGAGAUGUAACUGCAUUAAUCGAUAUAAGAUUCAGAAAGUAGGCGAUGGACAUUAUCGUUUCGGCGAAACGCAAAUUAAACGUAUGGUCCGUAUUCUUCGAUCGACAGUUAUGGUCCGCGUUGGUGGUGGAUGGGUUGCUUUGGAGGAAUUUCUACAUAAACAUGAUCCUUGUCGUGCUAAAGGACGAACGAAUCUCGACCUGCAGCGCAAUUUCUAUGACGAUGUUCGACCCAAAGAUGCAUACGAUAUGAUGGAAACAUUCACUAAAUCGGCCAGAUCAACACCAAAUCGUGAUUCACCGAUUCGUGGUUUUCAGGAAUCAUUGUUGCAAUCUCGUUUUCAGGCAACUCCCGGUCCAAUUACAAAAAUCAGGGAAAAGACAGAACGUAGUAUGCCAAUGUACGUCAGUGGACGUUCACCAACCAUCUAUCGUAAUUCACCACUUGAUAUAUCGAAAUCAAGUAGAAAACCAAAUGAAUUGAAUGGACAAGAUUCAAAAAUCAGACGGCCAGGCGCUUCAGGAACUGUUUCACGCUCAGGAUCUCAUAGUGAUAUGUUAGAUUUGUCACGACCGGUAAGCCGAAGCUCAGAUGUUUCAGUAGAUGGAGAUCGACCAACACGAAUACCUUCGUUGCGUGGUCGAAAAGGUGUCAAUUAUCGAUCAUCACUUGCACGAGCAAGUGCUCAACCACGUAUAUAA